UGGACAGGUGGAGGUAAACGACCAGAUUGUUGAAGUUGAUGGAAAGAGCCUUCAUGGAUAUACCAACCAACAAGCAGUGGAGAUGCUUCGAGCAACUGGAGCAGUUGUCAGAUUGAAGCUGAUAAGAUAUGUUCACGGAUUAAAGUUUGAACAGCUCCAGCAAGCAAUAGCGAGCAGUGCUGCUCCUACUCCCACUGCCAACCCCGCCAGUUUUGGACUUGAUUUAAGAAGCCCUGUCAGCGACAAGUCCCCUAAACAUAAACCUCCGCCUCCGAAAAGGACGGAUUCUCUGCUGUCGGAGGAUAUUACGCCUCCGAAAGAGGUGCUGGAGGCUCAGGCAAAGGCUGGUGUGGAUUAUGCUGGAGAAUUGAGUGCUGAGGUUACUGAUGCUAUAAUGAAGAAAUGGAGUAAAAUUGUUGGCCCUGAGUUUGAGAUAGUUGUUGCUCAAAUCUCCAAGUAUAAGGAGGGUGGAGGUCUUGGGAUAAGUCUAGAGGGUACUGUAGAGAAGGUGGAUGGUGCAGAACAGAACCCUCAUCAUUAUAUCAGAUCAGUUUUACCCAACGGGCCUGUCGGUCAGAACGGGAACCUAGUGAGUGGAGAUGAGCUGCUGGAGGUCAACGGCCGGAAGCUCCUCGGACUCUAUCACGCCGACGUGGUGACGAUUUUGAAGGAAUUACCGAUGGACGUGAGGUUGGUUUGUGCGCGACCUUGCAGUAAGGUGAAGGAGGAUAAACCUUCUCCUUCUCCUGUUCCGACUCCUUCUCCUGCCCCUGUAUCAGGUUUAACCCCUGUAUCCGAGCGUCUAGUGAAAGCAAAGUCUGAUGGUUCACUAUCUAGCUCUGCCACUGACUCGGCUGUCCUGUCAAGACUUAAAUCUAAAUCCUUAGAACCACUCACAGGACUAGCAAUGUGGAGUGAUGACAUUCUAACCAUCUCCCUGCAGAAAACUGAACGAGGAUUGGGUUUCAGUAUCCUGGACUACCAGGAUCCCUUGAACCCUCACGAAACCGUUAUUGUUAUCCGGUCUCUGGUUCCAGGCGGAGUAGCUCAGCAGGAUGGACGCCUGAUACCCGGAGACAGGUUGAUGUUUGUUAAUGAUACCCCCCUAGAGAACGCAAACCUGGAUACUGCUGUGCAGGCUCUGAAGGGAGCUCCCCAGGGAGAGGUUAGGAUAGGAGUAGCUAAGCCUCUACCUGUACCUGAUAGUCAGAUCGGAGAAGGUCCAACAGAGGAGGAUACAACGGAUAAUACUGAGGUUCAGAGUGCAAUAUCAGAUAUUGAAACGGAUCCAGGAGAGAAGGAUAGGCGUGGAAGUAUCUCCAGUGAGAUCCCAGAUCUACCUCCUCCACUCCCAACUUCUCCGCUACCUUCGGAGGAUACGGAGAACCAAUCCUCUCCGGUUAGAGCGGAACAAAAGGGAAUAGCUCUACCUGCGACGGAAAGGUUGAUUGGUGGAACGAGCAAGGUUUUUGAGACAAAGUUUGAGGAAAGAUCGUCCAAGGGUUCUCUCAUGGUUGAGACAAGAUACGAGGAGAAGACUGAUGCAGAUAAUAUCCCUCCUCUACCCGCAGCUCUAGAACAGAGGAUUAAAAUAAUUAAGGACGGAGAUACUCUUGGUCUCCAGGUGGAUAUAGAAGACGGUGGAGUGAACGGAAUGGUUGUCCGUUCCCUGACCAGGGGCGGAACCCUGGCAAAGGACGGGCGGAUUCAACCUGGAGAUUAUCUUGUGAGCGUAAACAAUGAGAAUAUGCGGGGAGUAUCUCAGAACCAAGCUCUGGCGGUUCUCCGGAGAACCCAGCUGGUACCGCAGGGUGGACAGGUGCCGAUUACCUAUAUUCCGGCCCAGGAUGCCGUGGUCUUCAGGACAACUAUGCUGACGAGAGUGGCCGAAGAAGAGACGGCCGGACAUUCCAGGAGAUCAAGAUCAAUCUCCGUUGAGCGAUCUCUCAUUCCUGGCACAGAUCUAACAACUGCCACAGUUAGUGCUGUCUCGGAGCGGUCCAACGGAACAACCGUUAUCUCAAUCAGCUCCCAUAUUGAAACAGCUGAUAUGAAGCCUACUCCGCCAGUAUCCCCAGAAAUGAAACCUACUCCACAAGUGUUAUCUGAAAUGAAACCUGCUCCCCUUGUCUCCCCUGAGAUUGAAUUCUCCUCUGCAGAAUCUGUUGCCGGGAAGGGGUUGGACAGGAUAAGCCUAAAAUAUGUGACUGUAAGUGAAAGUUCUACAGACCCUGAACCCGUAGAGAAACGUCCUUUAAGUCCACCGGAAGCUGCACCUAGAACCUCUCUCCUCUCCGAGCGUAUGAACUCUCCUGAUCUCCCAAAAUCUAGAACCCCAAGUCUUGGUAGAUCUAAACUCAGCCAAUCUUCUAAAGAUGAAUACUUUCCUUCAUCUCCUUCUAAACACUGGGGUCCGGAGAGAACUAUAAUCAUCCAGCGUGUUCCAAACCAAGGUUUAGGCAUAUCUAUUGUCGGAGGAAAGAUUGAAGCUCCGGAGGGUUCAGAUAGCUCUGCGCUGACAGGAAUCUUUAUAAAGAAUGUGCUGGACGGUUCUCCGGCUGCAGCUACGGGUCAACUCAAUACUGGAGAUAGGAUCAUUGCUGUAGGAGACGUAGAUAUCCGACAUGCGUCUCAUGAUAAAGCUGUCGAGGUGAUUAGACAAUCUGGGAACCCUCUCCAUCUAGUGGUUCAAUCCCUCAAUCUUUGGACUGAGGACAGUUUCAAUGAAUCUCAGGACACCAUCAACGAGCAGGAUGAUAUUGAGAAGGAAGCUGAGACAAUUCUUAAUGAUCUUGAUCGAACUAUAGGAGGAGAAGAGAAUGUUAUUCCUCCCUCCCUACUCCUCACUGAAGAUUUCUCUCCUCCAGAAGAGUUUGCUAAUGAGAGCUUUUCUCAGACCCUGUCCGACCCACCUGUUGCCAGCCCCCGUUCCGAGCUAGUUGUACCUGGAAUUGGUCCGAUCAGAAGAACUGAAUCAACGGACUCCGAUUCUUCCACCGACUCUGAUGAGGCGGAACAACAAGGUCAGGAAACCCUGAGCAAUGGGAUCACGAUUGAUCGUUCCUCGGCAGGAUUCCUGGGUCGAGCGAUUAACGAUUCUGAGGAUGAGGACGAUUACGGAUAUACUAUGAAGAAGAUAAAUCGUAAAUAUGGUAAACACGGAGAUCUCCACUGUAUUCGGUUAAACAAAGGAACUGAAGGUUUAGGGAUAAGUCUGGCCGGACACAAGGAUCGUCUUAAAAUGGCGGUCAUUGUAGCAGGACUUAACCCUAAAGGAAACGCGUACAGGGACGGGAAGAUGAAGGUUGGAGAUAUUAUUAUGGAGGUGAACGGGAUUGUCCUUCUUCACAGAUCUCAUCUCAACGCAAGUUCUGUCAUUAAAAAUCUUCCGGACGCCGGAGUUACAUUCGUAGUCCUGAGGAAGGAUGAUCCCCUGGAGAACCUGGGAGCUAAACCCGUGAUCCAGUUCCCCACAACACUUGAGGAGAACCCUAUUGACAGAUACAGGAAGUACAAGGGAUUGAGACAGGUUACUCUCAAGAAAGGAGAAACCGGACUUGGAAUCAUGAUUAUUGAAGGAAAGCAUCCGGAAGCAGGAACUGGAGUUUUUAUAUCCGAUCUUCAAGAUGGUAGUGUUGCCGACUCUGCUGGAUUACUCGUCGGAGACAUGAUUCUCUCCGUCAACGGAGAGGAUUUUGUCGGAGCCAGCUAUGAAACCGCUGCUAAAGUUUUGAAGAAAACUGAUGGAGAAAUCAAGAUUAUUGUAGCGAACCCCAACCUGCCAGAGACUAGGGUUGAGAGCCCAGAGAAGCCCAAGCUUCCGCCUAAACCUGUUCUUGCUCCUAAACCAGUAAACCUUGGAGCUGCUAAAGGCGGAGAACGGGACGGCGGACGAUCUCCUGGCGGCGGAAAAGCAACGCCUCCGCCAGCCAAGGAUAAGAUCGAUCAUACAACCUGUGAGAUAGUUCCUGGACAUGAUACCGUCAUUGAGAUCAUCAAGGACAAGGAUGAGGAAGGGAAACCUAUGGGACUCGGUCUGUCUAUAGUUGGAGGGUCAGAUACACUCCUUGGAGCAAUCUUUAUCCAUGAGGUGUAUGAAGCAGGAGCUGCAUUCAAGGAUAGACGAUUACGCCCUGGAGAUCAAAUAUUGGAAGUGAUGAAGGAAGAUCUAAGAAAUGUUACGCAUAGUUUUGCGCUACACGCACUCAGACAAACACCAAACAAGGUUCGUCUGGUGAUCCACCGUGAGGACGACGAGAUAUACGAGAGCCUCGAGGUCGAGCUCAUCAAGAAGAGGGAACGAGGACUUGGCCUCAGUAUUGUCGGGAAGAAGAGUGGCCCCGGGGUCUUUAUUUCCGAGGUGGUGAAGGGAGGAGCUGCUGAUGUUGAUGGUAGACUCGUUCAGGGUGAUCAGAUUAUUUCUGUGAAUGGACAGGAUCUUAAAAACGCGUCACAGGAGGAGGCAGCCCCUGUUCUGAAGAUGGCCCAAGGAAAGAUUAUUAUGUGUGUUCGAAGAUUAAAGGUUGGAAACCGUGAGAAGAGGAUAGGAGGGGAUCAGUCCCUCCCCCCGAAUGUUGUCACUACUGGGACCCCGAAAACUAUAUCUCUGAUUAGAGGUCAGAACAAUCUCGGUUUCUCUAUUGUCGGCGGUUUUGGUUCUCCCCACGGCGAUAUGCCGAUUUUUGUGAAGACCGUGUUUGAGAAGGGAGCGGCCGCCGAGCACGGCGAGUUAAAGCGUGGGGAUCAGAUUCUGAGCGUGAAUGGAACAGAGCUGCAAGGGUUGACCCAUCAGCACGCGGUGGAAAUACUGAAGAACUGUGAAGGAACAGUUACUCUUCAAAUCCUCUCAUAGAUUUAUAUGUUACGUCGUAAAUAUCCUUCCUACCCUUCAUGUUUUAGAUAGGAAACUAGUAUUGACGAUGGAUAAAUAUGCCAAGAUUAAGAAAUUAUCUGUAAUUGUCAUUAAUUCAGUAUUACUCAUAUUAGAAACAAACUAUUUAAAGUUCCACUAAUGAUUUUUAAUAAUUUAACAAUACCAUUUAAUGGUUUUUUAAAUUAACAAUUUAUGAACCGGCUCGAUUUCUCCCUGAAGCCAAAAACAUGUCAAUUUUUACAGUGAUCUGAGGGAUGACAGUUGAUUUUUUAAAGUUCCAAUACCUGUAUUUAUCUCUGCGUGAAUCUUAAACCUUUUAGUAUUCAAUACUUUGAUAUUUCCAUAAACAUAAGCUAUCUAUAGAAUCCCAUAGUCUACACAGUGUACAAUACAUUAGCAUAGUGAAGUUUGAACCAAAAAUAUUUCGGACUCCAAGUUAAUGAAUAAGUUCUUUAAUUGUAUAAUUUUGUUGAGUUGUUAAUGUACAUAAAACAAGGUUCUGUAGCCUUGUUGUUAAAAUGGCUUACAAAUCACCCGAGCUCGUCCUCGAAUUAUAUUUUCAAAAAAUCUUCCAGAAAAAUAUAUUUAUAAUAGUUCUACUAUUCCUGUGUUAUAUUGUUUACAUCUUCUUCCAUGUAAUUAGUGUUCCUAUCAUUAUAUUAAUUAGCAGAUGGAUGAUUAAUUAAUUUUCUUCGAGGAUUACUUUACAUACAUCAGUAUAUAGUGAAUACUAGUGUGUAAGGGUGAUCCAGAUAAAAUUAAAUGUUAAUUUGAAACUUGCAGAUUCACAGUAAACUUAUUUAAAGACAAAUAUUAGAGUUCUAAUUAUGCGAAGAACAUCUUAAGUUAAAUUUAAUCCUUCUAAUUUAUCAAAUUUGGCCUUUUCUAAUGGUUCUAAUCUUACUUACUUUGGCCUUCAUUUGACAAACAUUUUACGUAUUAUAAAAGGGAAAUAAUAGUAUCAGUAUUUAGACGUAGAACUGAUGUUGAAUUAACGUAUAUAGAAUAAAUCGUCUUAUUAGA